AUGGAAAGGGAGAGGGAAAAGAAGGAGAAGCUCUACUGGGACCUCCAGCUGCUAAAUGCUGGAAAUCUCAACACUUUCAACGGGACGGACGAACCACUUAUCAUCGAUUCUCAUGUGCUGGAUUGCCUCCACCAGAGCACAGACCCAAAUACUUACAAAAAAGUGGUGGGGAAAAAGGAGCUGUUGGGGAGUGUGAGAGGAGUGAAGAGGAUCAAGAAGGCAGCUAGGCAGUGCUGGGCCAGAUUGGCAUCAGAGGGUGUGCAGAGUAUAUUGCCCUCUCCCUGGCAGAGCCAAAGCCUAGCAGUUAGAGGUCAGGCCUGGGGCUGUGUCUCCCUGUCAGACGUCCUCCUCCUGGUGGAAGUCAAGUACGAUGUUGUGACCCACUUGCUUUACACAGAAAUGCUACAGGAGCACUACACUCUGAGUAUCUGGGAGACCCUGCUGCCAUGGCAACAACGUAAGGAAGAGGAGGGGCUGGGGGAUCUUGCAGAAGAGGCUCUGGAGUCAGGUGACAUGCUUGGUUUGGCUGAGCUGCCAGGAGCAUUCAGGAUAUACAGGCCCUGCCCAAAAAGCUGUCCUGAGUCUUGGUCUGCCAUUUCACUCCUGAAUGAUUCACACACGUUUCGUCAACAAGAAAGGGACGCACUAACAGUCCUGGGCAAGAGGUAA